UUUUUUUUUUUUUUUACUCCUCGUUUUGUCAGUGACUCCUCUUUACUUUCUUUCUUUUUUACUUCUCUUUCCACCAUUCUCAUGCCAACGUAUAAAAGAUCUUCGUAUGAUCUAUUUAUACAUAAAGUAUUAUUACCCAAUGUUAGAACCAUUUUACUCGUACUUGGUGUGAUUGCUUUAGGUUGUUCUAGUUGGUUGGAAACAAAUAUUUCUGGUGAUUGUACUUUCCAAAGUUCAAUGUCGGUUUUUGAAGUUUCUAUCUAUCAAAAUAUCUCUGAUCCUUAUGCACUUACUCCUUCUUCAGUAUCGUUUGGUUUAUGGAAACAUUGUUUUUACUAUACACAAAAUUGUACAUGUACGCCCGUCUCUCUCAAUUAUGAAAUAGAUGCUGAACAAUCCAUUUUUGCCGCUACCAAUAAUCAAACGAUGCCCAAUAUUGAUUCAACUCAUUCCUCCUAUAUCCGAUUGAUACCCCUGAUCAUGGGCCUCAUCUUGUCAUUUGGUGCUUUUGUAUAUAGUUUUUGGGCAAAUCGCUGUGUCACUCGUCCUUUUUAUCUUUGGCUCAAUGGUGCCGUAGCCCUCAUCAGCGCUGUGUUGGUUGCUAUUGCUUUUGGUUUUACCUAUCAAUCUUAUAAAACAUCCAUCAUCAAAGCAUGUCAAGCUGCUAGUCUACAAUCUGUAAAAUGUGCAAGUAUGGCUCCCAAAUUAGAAGUUAUUCUUCUUGCUGUGACAUUGGGGCUUUUGGUCUUGGCAAGUAUUCUUUUUGGCUGCGUACGAAAAUCAGAUUCUAGUGACACCAUUGAAGAAGUAUACAUUGACGAAAAAAAAGCCACAUCUAGACGACAUUCCUCUUUUUUACAAGCUAUACAACGAAACAGCAAAAUGAAAUCAUCUUCACAACUAUCAGGAGCUUCAUCCACAAGCAGGGAACCAGCAAUGUAUAGUAUAGAACCAGAUGAUGCUAUGGAUGCCUGGCGUAAUGUAGCUAUUCUUGAUGGACAACAACAACAACAUGAGCUCAGCAAUAUACCUUUACGACCUCCUCCGAUCACUGGUCGUCGAUCCAAUGAAUUAUCAUACAAUUCUCAUCAUACCAGCUAUGAACCUCGGAUGUCAGCAAAUACUCGUAAUAUCAACAUAACAGCAAAUCUUUCAUCAUCAUCAUCAUCAUCAUCAUCAACGCCUUCAUCUCCAGUAUCAGGAAAUACUGGCAAUAGUGGGAAACGGCAACAAAAACAAAGUUCAUCAUCACACAUACCAAGUUCACGACAAGAAAGAGCUCAACACUAUCAUAACUAUGAAAUUUCUGACGAUAGCAACGAACUGAUACCACCAACAUUACCAUUUGCUGAUCAUCAAUCACAACGACGGAGACAAUCCAGUCAACCAUCACUCAACAAAGCACGUCCAUCUAGUCAUGCAUCUGGGAACACGUUUGGAGCCAAUGAUAUUCUUAUGGAAGGUUCUCCUGUAUCAUCAACAUUUACUUUGGAAGAACAACAACAUGGUGGUUAUUAUGGACGACAACCUUCCGAUGCAUCCUUCCGUACAGCCACACCAUCCUCUUUUCGCUAUGAUCGAACAAGUUCGCAUGACUCUGUCUGCUUUACACCAACAUUCAAUGAUCGAUCAUCAUCCGGUAUUUCUUUAGGAAAUCAACACUAUGAUCCAUAUAUUAGAGCAACAGAUUCUAGGCGAAAAAGUAGUAGUGGAAUUCAUUAUCAAGGAUCAUCAUCACCGCAAGGAACAAGUGUUCCCACUCUUCAAACACCACCUUCAUCAAGACAUCCACUAAACCAUAAAGUAAUCACAGACGAACGUAUCGGUGCCUACUUCCAACAAACUCAAGCUCGAACCUCAACGUCAUAAUCACGACGAACUUUAGUAGCCAUCUAUUCCCUAGUUUAGUUUUAUUUUAUUUCAAUAAAUUCUUGUGUAUUUUUAUAAA